GGAAGUGAAACUCACAGUCGCUGUGACUGAGAGCAGAAAUGGAGCAGAAUCAGCUUGACCUAGAAACUUUCUCCUGUUCGAUCUGCCUGGAUCUGCUGAAGGAUCCGGUGACGAUUCCUUGUGGACACAGCUACUGUAUGAACUGUAUUAAAAUGCUGUGGGACAAAUAUGAGCAGAAGAAAAGCUACCACUGCCCUCAAUGCAGGCACACCUUCACACAGAGGCCUUUCCUGCAGAAAAACACCAUGCUAGCAGCUUUAGUGGAGCAGCUGAAGAAGACUGGACUCCAAGCUGCUGCUCCUGCUGAUCACCGUUAUGCUGGACCUGAAGAUGUGGCCUGUGAUUUCUGCACUGGAAGAAAACUGAAAGCCAUCAAGUCCUGUUUAGUCUGUCUGGCCUCUUACUGUGAGAAACACCUUCAGCCUCAUUAUGAUGUGGCUCCUUUAAAAAAACACAAGCUGGUGGAGCCGUCCAAGAACCUCCAGAAGAACAUCUGCUCUAAGCAUGGUAAAGUGAUUGAUAUCUUUUGCCGCAAGGAUAAGAAGUGUAUCUGUUAUCUCUGCUCUGUGGAUGAACAUAAAGGCCAUGACACAGUGUCAGCUGCAGCAGAAAGGACUGAGAGGCAGAGAGAGCUGGAGGAGAGACGAGGAAACAUCCAGCAGAGAAUCCAGGACAGAGAGAAAGAUGUGAAGCUGCUUCAACAGGAGGUGGAGGCCAUCAAUCACUCUGCUGAUAAAACAGUGGAGGACAGUGAGAAGAUCUUCACUGAGCUGAUCCGUCUCCUCCAGAAAAGAAGCUCUGAUGUGAAGCAGCAGAUCAGAUCCCAGCAGGAAACUGAAGUGAGUCGAGUCAAAGAUGUUCAGGAGAAGCUGGAGCAGGAGAUCACUGAGCUGAAGAGGAAAGACGCUGAGCUGGAGCAGCUCUCACACACAGAGGAUCACAACCAGUUUCUCCUCAACUACCCCUCACUGCCAGCACUCAGUGAGUCUACACACUCAUCCAGCAUCAACAUCCGUCCUCUGAGACACUUUGAGGACGUGGCAGCAGCUGUGUCAGAGCUCAGAGAGAAACUACAGGACGUCCUGAGAGACUCAUGGACAAACAUCUCACUGAUGGUCACUGGGGUGGAUGUUCUACUGUCAGAACCAGAAUCAGGACCAGAACCAACGACAAGGGCUGGAUUCUUAAAAUAUUCAUGUAAAAUCACUCUGGAUCCAAAUACAGCUCACAUUAAGCUGAUACUAUCAGAGGGGAACAGGAAGGUGACUUGGAUGGAUCAACCUCAGUCUUAUUCUAGUCACCCAGAGAGAUUCACCGUUUAUCAUCAGGUUCUGAGUAAAGAGAGUUUAACUGGACGUUGUUACUGGGAGGUGGAGUGGAGAGGGACAGUUUAUGUAUCAGUCGCAUACAAGAAUAUCAGCAGAGCAGGAAGUGGGAAUGACUGUAGAUUUGGAGGUAAUGACAAAUCCUGGACAUUAAAUUGUUGCCAAAACAGUUUUAAAUUUGGUCACAACAACAUCUCAACCUCCAUCUCAGGUCCAGUUUCCUCCAGAGUCGGAGUGUACCUGGACCACAGAGCAGGUAUUCUGUCCUUCUACAGCGUCUCUGAAUCCAUGACUCUGAUCCACAGAGUCCAGACCAGAUUCACUGAGCCGCUACAUGCUGGAGUUUUGGUUGUGGGUUCAGCAGAGUUCUGUAAAUCCCAAUAGAUAGAAUCCAGUGAAGCUUCUGUAAAUUUGAUUCAGAUUUUACUCCUCCAACAUAUUAUUUUGUUAGUGUUUGUUUUAAAUCUAAACUCCUCAGAAAUCAUUAUUCAGAGAUAUCCAGGUUAUGUUUUUCUUCAAAUAGGAUGUUUCUGUUCUGAUUAAUUUGUUCAUUUUUCAACACUAUUCUCUAAAACUGGUGAGAGUAAACCCAGGCUGCCCACCAGGCUUUCGAUACAUUGGGAUAAACCCUGCAAUAAAUGACUGAAAAAAUAUUUCUAGGUCAAUGAAUCUUAAUUUCAGCUGCCACAUUCUUGGUGAGGUCAGAAUUUGGCAUUGCAACAUGCAAAGGUUGAGAGUAGUGGUGGCAUGGUGCACAGCCAAAAGAAAAGCAUGCCACACUUUUCAGUAAAAAAGUGUGCAUCUAAAAACGUGUACUAGUUUGUGUUGUUCUAUCUAAUAAAAUCCCUAUAAAACACAUGGUAGAUGAAGGCUUUAACAAGUUCCAGGGAUAUGAAUACUUUUGCACUCCUUAUCACCUCUAUGAUUUUUAAAAAGAAUACAAUUAAGUAUGCAAAACAAUAAGUGUUAGAAUAAUCAAUAAUAAUAUAUAGUGUAUAUUAUACCUAGAGAAAUAGAUUUGGAGUGUUGUAAAUGCUCUAGUUUUAAACAGAUUGUCUUCCUGAUAUUCAGCGUGAAGGGGAGAGGGGUGACUGUGUGUGUGUGUGUGUGGGGGGGGGGCAGUUGUGAGAGGAAAAAAGCCCCUGCCCUUGCAUAAGAGUGAAACAUACCUCUAAAACACAAGCAUCUAAAGGAAACCUACAGUUUAACUAGUAGCACGACUAGUCAGUGCUGAUUACGGGUCUGUGAUUUCCUUCAUCCAUUCAAAAAACUAAAUCUGUAAGAACUAAACUCUUACAGAUUAUUUUUUCUGUAACACUUGCUAGUGUGAUACAUUUCAGUAAAUGUUCCUCAUCUGUACAUGUAUUUCUUAAGAAUAUGUUACAGGCACUAAACAGGCCUUGGUGAAGCUGUUCAUAUUUAACUUUCACUUUUUCCCCAAAAUAAAAUCUGAUUAAAAGUCAACCUGUGUUUUUUUUUCUUAAAUAUCCUCUCAGAGAGAUUUACUUACAUCUUCUGACAGCUAGCCCGACUCAUAAUAACAUUGGUUAAGUUUACUCACUACACAAUCAUGCUCCAAGAGUUUCUCACAACAUGAGGAAUUGUUUUACCUUUAAAAUUAUCUUCAGCUUUUGUUCCUUGGUUCUAAUGAUGCUUUUUCCUUCCAUCCAGUAACUUAACACACUUGUCUUAAGUUUAUUCAGUAACAAAAUAUAAUACACCUGUA